AUGGAUAUGAACAUCUAUUCACAGCCUCUAUAUCUUCUGGUCGGUGCCGUUGCCCUCUUUGAAGUUUCUCUCUUCUAUCUACCACCGCAUUCCCUCUACCGCGCCGCAGCUAUCGCUCUGCUUGCGGCCGUGACAUACAGCUUCCAGCUCAGCCUCCUGGAAUAUUUCCCAAAUCGCGCCUUCAUAUCUCUCGCGCUAGGCGCAACCUGGACGACAUUCUUGAACGCCUUUGAGAUCCUGCUCGUGUCAAAUGUCGGCCCUCAAGACUCCGGCCUUCAUUUAGGCGGCCCUAGAACGCCCAUCCGCCAGGCAUUUCGGGCAGCUACAUUGCCAUUCAACUGGCGGCGCAUCGGAACUAGGUGGCAGAUCGACGUCCCAGCCUCAACAGAAGACGACUCCAUAUCUGGACGCGUACGUUUUCUUUUCAAAAGAGUGGGCGUUUUCAUCGCCUGCUAUCUCUUCAUAGACCUCUGCUCCGCCGGGCCUCCGCCAGACUCAAGUAUGAUCACGAGGGAAAAGCAAACCAUCUCGUAUCUGCUUGCUGGCACGGGGGCAACCUCAGAAGACAUCGGCUUUCGAGUGAUUACCACCAUCGUCUUUCUCAUUAACGCAGCCCUUGGCGUAAUCGGGGUCUACAAUCUUUUCGCAAUUGCUGCCGUCCUUUGUGGUGACCAGCCUCAGAGCUGGCCUCCCAUCUGGCAAGGCUGGCCGAAUCAGGCGUAUUCCGUGAGAAGAUUCUGGGGCAAUUACUAUCACCAAGGUCUGCGCAAAGCGCUUACUGGGCCGGCUGACUGGAUUGUUGAUUUGGUUAUUCCCCGUGGAAGCCUGAUUUCGCGCUACUCGCGGCUUGCUCUCGCUUUCUUUUUAUCUGCAAUGCUACACCAUCAGGCUGAGGGGUCUGAAACUGGGCAAUUGAUCUUCUUCAGCAGCCAGGCAUUCGGGAUCAUGUUAGAAGAUACAGUCUGCAGGCUGUAUACGUUUAGUCCUAUACAGCUCCCUCGACGCAUCGAGCGCGCCUUGGGAUACCUUUGGGUGCUGGUAUGGUUGGUUUGCCUCGUGCCAUACUGGUCUUAUUCGACAAUGCGCAGAAUGGACGACCCUGUGAGGGAUCAAGCGACCUUUGGAAUUUUCAAAAAAUUUUUAUCCCAAUAA